CCGCGUCCGCGGAGCUGCGGCGGCGCGGGCUGCCGGCGGGCGUGCGGCCGCGGCUCCUGCUCUCUUUUAUGAGCGACGAGGCGGAGGAGCGGCAGCGGGGGACACCAGGAGGAGCAUUUCUUCCCCGAGGUUUAUGAAUGGCACUGACAUGGAGGAAAUACCGUUUCAGAAAGUCAAGACCAAGAGGAAGAAGUGCUGCCACUGCUGCUGCUCCCCACCGGCUGCCGCGGCGGCGGGAGCAGGAGCCGGGCUGGGGGACCCCCCUCCCUUGCUGCUGCUGGAUGCCAUCGCCUGCGAGGACGAGUUUGACUGCAAGGAGCUGGAGGCUCUCUUCCAGAGCUACAACCUGAAGCUGGAGCAGACGUCCACCCUCAAGGCGCUGGCCGUCCUCAUUGUGCUCACCGCCAGCCUGGCCCUGGUGGAGCUGCUCUCCAGCCCCAGCCUGACCAUCUCCAAAGGCUCGCACCCGGUCCACUGCAUCAUCUUCCUCUCCCUCUUCAUCGUCACCAAUGUCAAGUACCUGCAGGUCACCCAGCUGCAGCAGAUCGUCAAGCUCACCUUGCUCUUCAGCUUCACCUUCUCCUUCCUUUGCUGCCCCUUCUCGCUCGGCGCCUACGGCAUGGAGCCGCCCAGCGCCCCCGAGCAGGGCAUGUGGCAGCUCAUGCUGGUCACCUUCGUCUCCUACUCGCUGCUGCCCGUCCGGACCCUGCUGGCCAUCGUCUUCGGGCUGGUGGUGUCCGUCUCCCACCUCAUCGUCACCGCCACCUCCGUCAGUGCCAAGCGGCAGCGGCUCUGGAGGACGCUUGUGGCCAAUGCAAUCCUUUUUGUCAGUGUAAAUUUGUAUGGGGUCUUUGUGAGGAUUUUGACAGAAAGGGCUCAGAGGAAGGCGUUCCUUCAGGCCAGGAACUGCAUUGAGGACAGGCUGAGGCUGGAGGAUGAAAAUGAAAAACAGGAACGUCUCCUGAUGAGUCUUUUGCCCAGGAAUGUUGCAAUGGAAAUGAAGGAAGAUUUUCUGAAGCCCCCUGAAAGGAUUUUCCACAAGAUUUACAUUCAAAGGCAUGACAACGUUAGCAUUUUGUUUGCAGACAUUGUGGGGUUCACUAGUUUGGCAUCACAAUGUACUGCCCAAGAGCUGGUGAAGCUGCUGAAUGAGCUCUUUGGCAAAUUUGAUGAAUUAGCUACAGAAAACCACUGCAGAAGAAUAAAAAUCCUAGGGGACUGUUACUACUGUGUUUCAGGAUUGACCCAGCCCAAAACAGAUCAUGCCCAUUGCUGUGUUGAAAUGGGACUGGAUAUGAUUGACACCAUCACAUCUGUUGCAGAAGCCACAGAGGUUGAUCUCAACAUGAGAGUUGGAUUGCAUACAGGCAGGGUGCUUUGUGGGGUGCUAGGUCUCCGAAAAUGGCAAUAUGAUGUCUGGUCAAAUGACGUGACUUUAGCGAAUGUAAUGGAAGCUGGAGGACUGCCUGGGAAAGUUCACAUAACAAAGACCACCUUAGAGUGCCUAAAUGGGGACUACGAAGUAGAACCAGGAUACGGUCAUGAAAGGAAUAGUUUCUUGAAGAAGCAUAAUAUUGAAACAUAUUUUAUUGUGCCAUCUCAUCGUAGGAAGAUAUUUCCUGGACUGAUUCUCUCAGACAUUAAGCCUGCUAAACGAAUGAAGUUCAAGACAGUCUGCUACCUGCUUGUUCAGCUCAUGCACUGUCGUAAGAUGUUCAAAGCGGAGAUCCCUUUCUCUAAUGUCAUGACAUGUGAGGAUGACGAUAAGAGGAGAGCAUUAAGGACAGCCUCUGAAAAACUCAGGAAUCGUUCCUCUUUUUCUACCAAUGUUGUAUACAACACUCCAGGAACUCGAGUAAACAGAUACAUCAGCCGUUUGAUAGAGGCCCGGCAAACUGAGUCUGAGAUGGCUGACUUGAACUUCAUUACCCUGAAGUAUAAGCAAGUUGAGCGUGAAAAUAAAUACCACCAGCUUCAGGAUGAGUACUUCACCAGUGCUGUAGUUCUCUCACUAAUUCUAGCUGCCUUAUUUGGCCUUGUCUACCUUCUAAUAAUACCACAGAGUACCGUAGUUCUUGUUCUCCUGGUGUUCUGCAUAUGCUUCCUAGUGGCUUGUAUUAUGUACCUACAUGUCACACGAGUACAAUGUUUUCCAGGGUGCCUGACAAUACAAAUUCGUACCAUUUUGUGUAUUUUUAUUGUGAUCUUAAUAUACUCCGUGGCUCAAGGAUGUGUGGUUGGCUGUAUGCCUUGGGUUUGGAAUACCAAUUCCAGCAGUUCAAUAGUUAUCAUUUCUCCUGGUGGAACAAAUAAAACAAUGAAUGAACUUCCAUGUGACACAGCCCACUAUGCUUUUCUUUCCUGUGUAGUGGGGACUCUCACCUUGGCAAUAUUUCUACGUGUAUCUUCCUUGCCAAAAAUGAUUCUCCUUCUUUUUGUUACAAUUUUGUACAUAGCUAUUCUGGAACUCAGUGGUUACAGAAAAGCAGUGGGGGGUGGCUCCUUUUAUAUGCGUGGUUAUGAACCAAUACUAGCCAUUUUGCUAUUUUCUUGUGCUUUGGCACUGCAUUCCAGACAGGUGGACUUGAAGCUGCGUCUGGACUACCUCUGGGCUGUGCAGGCAGAAGAAGAGAGAGAUGAUAUGGAGAGAGUCAAGCUGGAUAAUAAAAGAAUUCUCUUCAACCUGUUGCCAGCACAUGUUGCACAGCACUUUCUUAUGUCUAAUCCAAGAAAUAUGGACCUUUAUUACCAGUCGUAUUCGCAAGUGGGAGUGAUGUUUGCUUCCAUCCCAAAUUUCAAUGAUUUCUACAUCGAAUUGGACGGCAAUAAUAUGGGAGUGGAAUGUUUACGCCUGUUAAAUGAAAUUAUUGCUGAUUUCGAUGAGCUUAUGGACAAGGAAUAUUAUAAGGACAUAGAAAAGAUCAAGACAAUUGGAAGUACGUAUAUGGCAGCUGUGGGACUCGUACCUACUUCAGGAACUAAGGCUAAAAAAUCAAUUUAUUCCCAUUUGAGUACACUGGCAGAUUUUGCAAUAGAGAUGUUUGAUGUUCUUGAUGAAAUCAACUAUCAGUCUUACAACGACUUUGUCCUACGAGUUGGUAUUAAUGUUGGGCCAGUAGUGGCUGGAGUCAUUGGAGCCAGAAGACCACAGUACGAUAUCUGGGGGAACACUGUAAAUGUUGCCAGCCGGAUGGAUAGUACUGGAGUGCAGGGGAAAAUUCAGGUAACAGAAGAAGUUCAGCGGAUAUUGAAAAGGUGCAGUUAUGAAUUUGUGUGCAGGGGUAAAGUCAGUGUAAAGGGAAAAGGCGAAAUGUUGACCUAUUUCCUGGAGGGAAAGGCCGAUGGAAAUAAUUCACAAACACGGUCUUUAAACUUAGAGCGGAAAAUGUACCCUUAUGGGAGAGCAAACAUUCAAACAAAACUGGGCACCAGCUGUCCGUCGGUGUCCUCAGCUGCUAGCUUUACUGUAAAAGCUGGGCUUGGAGCAGGUCAAACGUCUGCCACUCACGCAAAUCAAACACUGCAUUAUCUUCCUUCUGUGCCAGCUGUGAAGGAGGUGUAGAGCAAAGGAGAUUUGGUUAUGCCAUUUGAAGUGAACUUGGAGAGCAAUGGUUGCCUGAAUUUUUACCGAGAGAUCAGAGGUCAUAGGCCAUGGCAUUAACCAAGGACCACUACAACCCAACCAAAGAGAACUUGGGGACUUGUGUAAUGAACUCUUGGGAUGGAACAUAUAAGGGCUAGCAAUUCUGUUAGGAAAAGUCAAAACCUGAUUUUUUGGAAAUGAGGAAUAUUUUCUUGGCAUUUUUAAAGGGUAAAUGAAAAAAAAAAGAGAUAAACAUGCAAGCAAUUAUUUGUGUGUGUGUGUGUGUGUAUAUAUAUGUUUUAAUCUAUAUAUGCACAUAUACAAACCGUCCUGUGUAGACUUAAUAGAGAUUUAUAGAGAUACACACAAAAAUAUGUAUUUAUUUACACAUCCACCUGCAAUGACAUAGCAAAGAGAUUUCUCUUUCUGUCAUAGCCAGCACUGUUGGGUCUGGGAUUAGCAAAGCUGCAUUUAACUGUGGAGUGCGGGGCACCUGGAGACUCUCCAGGGCUACAGCAAGACUCAGAGAAACUGUGCUCCCAGUGCAUGAGUUAAAGCAACGAGAAUGGUGUUCAUUGUGCUGUCAAUGGCAGAUUACUGAAGGCUGGAUUCAGCUAAUUGCUAAACCCCAUGUAUUUUUUAAAAUUCUCUUUGCAUGCUCCAAAAACUUAAAAAAAAAAAAAUUCCAAUUCAAACUGUAACACUAGGAUAUGAAGUAGAUAAACCACAGAGCUUAAGGUUUGGCAGAAGAGCAAUAUAUAGUCUUUCAAUUAAAAAAAAAAAAAAAAGGAUAGUAGAGUUUAGAAGUUGCUGCCUCUUCACAGGUUAUUUGACUCUGUACAAGACAGAGGAGCCACCCUGCAAGCCCAGCAAUAUGGUUAUGCAAUAUAGAAACAUUCCUUUUGGUACAGUGCUGAUUUUAUUCAAGAGCGGAAGGAUGGUAUUAUUUCAGGCUUUUACAAACAGCACAGGUCCUGUAACUCAGUUCCAGGAUUUAGCUUUACCUUUUUAAACAGCUCAAAGAAUAGUCCCGUAAUGGUGACAAACAUGCUGUUGCUAGCUUUGUGACAUUUGUGUGUUUGCCAACAUAGUCUUACGUCUUAAUUGAUUUUUAAAUUUAUGCCACAGUUUUAUUAUAUCUUGAUUCUACCCAGGCUCAAUCUUCAAAGCUGUACAAUUAUAGAAAGCUAUAAUUCUGAGAAACAAGCACAGUCAAACUUUGCCCAAAUGAGGAGCACACUGGUAAACAUGCCAGGAGAGUGAGGCCUGCUCUUAAUCUGCAUAAAAGGGAACAUAUUUUGACUGCUUUUUCCUCUAAUGCAGCCCACAUCCCGUUGUUCAUGGUUUCAUCUUGAAACACUGAUCUGGAUGUGAAAUGUGGAGUGUAGCUCCAUAUUUGAGGUGAGGGCGGUUGGACGCCAUCCUGCUGAGUGACGUGUGCUCCAUGGACAGUACCAUACUGUCCUACUGUCCUGAUGGGGAUACACAAGCUAACCAGCCUUACUGCUUUCCAAAAAAGAAGCAAAACUUUACGUUGUCUAAAAACAUGCAAAACUUCCUUUUAACUAAAAAAAAAAAAAAAGCACCACCAUCACCACCAAAAAGAAAGCCCAAACUUGAGAAACCUACCAAAGGCUGCAAAGUUGUCCAGGUUCUACACAAGUAGAAAACUUGUGCGUACUAGAUGUCACAUUUCCCUUUGGUGGGCCUAUUUUAUUACUCAUUUCAGUGGAAAGAAGAUUCUGAGCGAUUCUCCUACAAUCAGCAUUGCUUUGGAGCAGUCACUGUAUUAAAAGUAUACAAAUGUAUAAAAAUACAUAUAAAAAAAAAAAAGUUGACAAAUGCUGUGUCAACAGAUGCAAAUGCUUAAAGAAAUGCUGCAGGAGUUUCCAUUCUCCAUGUAGCCAUAUCAGGCUGCUGUGGGAUUCCAGUGGUUUUCAGCGGGGUUUUUAAUUAAUUGUUAUGUACCCUAUCAGCUGAGUGCUUCAUUACAGAGCUAUCAAUAUUAGUCUUGUGAUUAAAAUGACUAUAAAAAACUGAGAAUUGCUUCCUAACUGUACUAAGUGUAUGCACCCUGACUGCUCUGUGGAAAGUCGCUGCAUUUCUUUAUCUCCCCAACAGCUAUUCAGUUUGAAGAUAUUCUUCUUGAAUAAUUUAAUUCUGGUUUUGAGGCAUUCAAAGCCAUUUAAAUAAAUACAUGUAGAGAAUACAGAUUUAAAAGGACAAAUAUUUAUAUAAUUAAACUGAAUAAGUGGUAGCCAUGUGAAGCACACUGCGUAUUAAUGCUUUCUAAUAGCUGUGUAAGAACGAAAUCACCACACUGGUAAAGUUAAAUAUUUAACCAAAAUGGAAAGUAUUAUGUUCAAUAGCAUUAAUCACUCAGUUCCGCUCACAAAGACCCCAAGUUACACAAUUUUUGCAUCAGAGAAUUAGGAAUAAUUUCACUAAUAAUAAUAAAACAUUAUUUAUAUGUGUACUCUUACUGAAAGCAUCUUCAGAUCCUAGCAGUAGAUCUGAUACUGUAUGAACACUUAGACCAAAUACAACCAUUGACCCACCCCAAAAGCUUACUAUGAAUGUAUUUCUUUGUUACUUUUUUAAUGGGUCCAAGAUGUAGGCAUAUUGCCAUUGUUUCUUUUAAUCACUAGGUGGACAGUGAUCAGAAAUGAAUUGUCCUCUGUACUAAUAUACUCGGGACUGUUCUUAUUCCCAGACUCAUUCCCAGCCUACUCCUGGAGUAAUGUCAGUGGUAGAUAAUGUAACAAGGUAAAUUUGGAUUAUCCAUUUUAAUAUUUUAAAAGAUUAGCAGGUGCUAGUAGAAUUACUCCAAAGUUUUUCUGAGCCUAAUCCUCCUCUCCAACAGUUAAAUGAGGCACACGGCUUUUUUAAGAAUGCUUUCCGUGUUGAAUGGGAAGGACCAGUCAGGUGCAGUCCAUCACCAGCUUCUCAUUUGGCCCUUUUGCAGGAGGUCUGUGACUCCAGAGCAGGUUGAGCAGACCAGGAUGGCUUCUUGGUGCUGCAGCCAGUCCAGUGCGGGUGUGCUAGCCUACAGUAUCAAUGACGAUGUAUUUGGAGUCAGUUCCCAGAUUUUGCUUGAGUUAACGUUUUUCUUAUUUUUGUUGUGGUUGUUGUUGCUGGUUUUACUAUGGGGAAAACUACAUUUUUCUAUGUAGUCCUGGACUGAGCAGUGCAGAAUCAUGAAGAAAGUCCAGGCAAGGCACAAAUUAGUAAGAAGCCAUGGGAAAAAGAUAGGCAGUGUUCAGCAGCCAUUUCAACAGGAAAAACUAGGUGCCCGUUGAAAUCAUGAUAUAAUGAAGGUGUGCUCUUGCCUUUAUGCUUUCCCUCCCUAUUCAUAUCAUUUUUUCCCAUUUUCCUUUUCUGUGUACAUUUGUUUUAUUUCAGCUUUUGUGUGAUAGCUUUAAAUGACAGAUUUAACCUUUCUGCUCUUCUGCAUUCUUUGAUGCAUUCAGUAAGUUUUAUACGUGGAAGGAGGUAGUAGUAAUACUUCCAAGAACCCCACAAAUGCACAUUUUCUGCCAAAUUAGAGAAGCUUGUCAUCAAAUUUUUAUUGGCAAUUGGCUGAGGAUAAUAUGUGGCCCACUCCAAUAUCCCUGAGAAUGAUCAGAAGGAUUUCGUCGGAUUUCUGUGGGAUUUGGGUUGUAUCCACCUUAAUGCAUGCAGUCGUAUUUCCUAUCUUGCAUUUAUUGAUUUUCUGGUCAAGCUCUGUAACUUUUGCCGGGGUGACCUUGCUGUAGCCCCAGCAAGGAACCAGUUCUGCCCCACAGUACCCAAAAGUCCCUCACAUUUAACUGAGAAUAGUAACUUGUUGCAAUGUGGGCAGAAUAGCCACCUGCACUUCUGUUCACUGCUUUGUGCAACUAUUAGCUUGAAAAAGCUAACAGAUACGAGCCCCAUCACAAAGUGAUGCCAUUUUGGCAUGUCGAUGUCUGUCAGUAGCAAGCACAAUAUUUCACAUCAGUUUGCACAUUUUCUCUUUCAGAUAAUAGUAAUAAUCGAAGUCUUUUCUUCUUUAUAUAAUGAGAGAAGUAUCAGAGAUGUUCAGACUUCACUGUCUUGGGAGCUAAUUUCAAAGUGUUCCUAUGCUACCUUUAUCUUUAAAUGACUUUUUAAUUAUUAUUCUCUGCUGAAAUUACAAACUGGCAUUCAGUUGAAUUACUGGCUAGAUAUUUCCGAGCAUUUUCCAUUUGCAUUGACUAGAAAGCUAUUUUAUCCAGCCUGUAAAACGCGUUGGUUUUUGUCGCUGCUUCCCGCUGUGGCAAGUCACACUUCCUUGUCUUCACUGAAAUACACGCAAAUUCUCCCUUGCUUUCUCUAGGUGAGACUGAGAGCCAAAAGCUUCAGCUCUUUAAGGCUGAAUCUGCAUCCCUUAGGUACCCACAAGGCCUGCGGAAAUCUCUGGGAGUUUAGCAUGCAUAUAAAGGUCAGGAGUUGAGCUUCUGUAGGCCAAGUUCUGCUUGGGGUUACAGUGAUGUCUCAUAUCAGUACUGAACUGAAUAUUUUACAGCACUGUAACUAAGAGUGGGUUAUGCGCCUAGAUCUCUUUCACACUUUUGCCUGUAAUUUAUCUACAAGGCAAAAGAAAGUACUUGGGAGUCACUGUUUGAAGGGAAACAGUUUAUUACCUGUGCCAUUUCAGUGCUUUGAGGAGUCUGAACUCACUAGUAAGUAGCGUGAAUCAUUUUCAUGUGUUGAAUUCCUGCUUGUAGCAGAAACAGAGUGUUUUCUUUACAUCAGCAAGUCCAGAUUCUGUAUGUGUUCUGCCCAGGCAGGAGGACUAUUUAGCCAUAAUGUUCUUUCAAGUUAGAGUUUUGUAUUACAGUGAAAACCAACAUUUUUUAAUUUGUGAUAAACCUAUAUUAUAAUGCCUUAUUUAUUUUUAAUCUUGUACAGUGUUACAAAACAACAGAAAACAUUGGCCUUUCAUGUAUUAUUCACUUUAAAAGAUGUAUUGUAUUAUGGAAUUUUGUAAAUAGUUUUAGCUCGGACAGGUAAUUGCAUGUACACUUGUAUAAAAAGAGGCAAAAAGGCACACUUUUAACAAAUGUUAAUGAUUUUUGUAAGAGACAUUUUACAUGUGCAUGGAGAUUAUAAAUCCUUUGGAAAUGGACGUCCUUUUGUUUUUCCUUGAAAUCUACUGCAUGCCACUCAUGCCUGACUUCAGUAAAACAAAACAAAACAGUAAGUUUUCCUAAAUGUUUUUGACAUAUCACUUCUGGCACAGAGUUAAAUCCACUAGUUGCAUGUGCGUUCAGCAAAGCAAAAUCAAAAUGCAGACAGCAAAUAGAAAAGAAAAGUAAUUUAAUUAUUGUAAUCUGCCAACCUCAGUGUUCCAUGAUCCAUAAUACAGUAUAUGAAAAUUGUUAUCGACAUCUAUUCUGUCUUCAUAAGGUACCUUCUGGUCAUUAGAAGCAAUAAACUCUACUUACUGUAAUAUAAAAAGCAAGCAGAUAUUCUAGUUCAUAAUGGUGUGAUAUCUGACAUUCAAUGGGUAUUCUCUGAUACUGCAUUUGCUGUAGUACUGUCAUCAAGAAAGACCAAGUGUCAAAUCCAUCAUUGCUGUAUGCAGGUGCAACACAAUGGAAGGUAAAGAAGGUGAAUUUGGCCCACUGAUGUUACCCAGAGUGUAUUUCUAAUGUGGUAAUAAGUUAUUGUAUGUGAAAAGUGCACAAUGAGAAUAGAUUGUUUUCCUGGAUACAUACAUAUAUAUAUGUAUGUAUAUAUAUAAGAAUUACAUUUUUUGCCUUAUUUUUGUUAGCUUUUUUGGCUCAUUUUCUAAUAAUUUCUAUUGCUAAGCAGAAAGUAUUUAACAGAACUAUUAGGAGAAGGUUCACUGGAUUCUCCGGCUUUGAGCCAUCUGGGUGCCGUGCUGAUGCCAGUCCUGCUGUCACUAAAGCCGUGCUUACAGGGAUGCCUCCCUUACGCAUCACAGCCUAACCCACCGCUUGAGGCCUGUGUCAGCUAGUGACAUAGGGAUAAGAAAUCAAUAUCCAAUCCUUUAGCUGAUUUUUCCCAUAUUGCUGCUGAACAAAACUUUAAAUUCUGGAGGCAUUUUGCAUGCAUCAUUUUGCAAGUUGUCAUAUCUGUGUCACUACAGCCCGGGACUACUUCUCAAAUUAAUUCUAUAAUUGCUGUAUGAUAAAUGAGGAGUACUGUAGAAGCAUAACACUGAGGUGGGUGGCAGAAGAAAAAGGGUGUGGACUGUGAAUACUUUCUACUAUGGAUUAAUAAGGAUUACUUGUAUUUUACAGAUUUGAGCUAGUUUUAUACAUAGGAUUUAGAAAUCUGUUAAUUUGUUUGUUUAAUCAGGCGACUGUGGGGUUAACAAAGCAGUGCAGCUUCUGCGAGUACUUCUGUCAUAAUAAGUUAACAUGUAGGUUCAUACAAUGUAUCCCAGUUGCCUGCAUACAAGACCGCUACCUUGUACUGAUGAUUGGCUUCAUACAGCAGUUAAGGGUUUCUAACGGUCAUAAACUAAUUAAUCUCAAAUUCAGUGGGUUUUGCAUCUCAGUGUGGCGUAAUUGUUGUGACUAAUGACAAUCUGGACUCUGCUUCUCCACCCCAAUCCUGUCUACAAUUGGCUUUUUCCAGAAAUCUGUAUAGGCUUUUUUAAACUCUUGACUGAGUUUUCAGGCCAAAUCUAAAUCAUGAAUAAAUAUGUAAAUGUAAAUAAAUGGAAAAAAGUACACAUAAGGGAGGGAUGCCUGUUGCCCUUUAAUUACUCCUCAAAAUGUCACACUGCUUGGGUGGCCUGUUGUGACUUACAAUCUGAUCGGUGCAAGGACAAAAACAGGAUAAGAAGAAAAAAAACAAAGCACAAGGUUAGCAGGAGUACAAAAUAACAAUAAAAAAAAAAGCCUUUGAGGUCGCAAUUGCUGAAAAGAAAAGGUGAAAAGCCAAUACUCCUUCUGAAGUCAGUGGUAAAGCUCUCAGUGACAUGGAACUGAGUAUCUCAUGGAUCUUGAGUAUCUGAGCUGGUAGAGUACUCAACCAGAUUCCUAGUGCAACAAAAAUAAGGCUUGUGUUUAACUGUAGGGCCAGAUCCAUUUCUGAGUUUUUGUGUCUGUUCACAUUCACAAGAGUGUUCAAUACCUCUUGGUGAACUGCUGUCAGAAUUUCAGAAGGAAUUCUUAGAAAUGGUUGGGGGUUGUCACCUUUAAUGCCUAUUUUCUGAUCAUGAGGAAGCACCUUGAAAUUUUAAUUAGCAAUUGGUUAAUGUUCAUAGCCUAUGUGCUGAAAGAACUUGGUGUUGCUUGUGCCUUACUGCAUGCUGGAGGAUCUGCUUCUUUAUAUUAGGAUCCCUGUUUUAUGCCUUCUGUGGCAUCAGGCAUGUCACACCUGCAUAAAACUGAAGGAACAAACAGUGCUGCAUCACUGUGAAACUUUUUUACUACUUCCUUUACUACUUUGGUUCAGUACCAGCACAGCUACAUGGGUGCAAGGAGUGCUCCAAGUUUUUCUGGAGGGAGGCCAUACACAGGUAUACGUGGGUCCAAGCUAAAUAAGAACAGAUUUCCUAGAAAGCUCGUCCACACGGUGAGCUGAGUUUUGUGCAAAAUCUGUCCAGGUAGUUUGGAGCUCCUUUGAAAAAGCUGUCUGUCUUCCUCUUCAGAACAGGCUUACACAACACAUUGAUUAAAAACAUACAGAACACUUACCUACAGCUUGUAACUGCACUGCCACAUUUCCUAGACGUAGGUUAGACUGCUGGUGGUAAAACAAUUCUCGUUAUGGGCAAGGCUAAGGUGGGCUUUAAUUACUGUGGCUGUGCAUGCACACUAUCGUGUCUUACUUUCAAGUGCCUGACCAGCUGCUUUGAUCCUAGACCUGUCAAUGGUGGCAUUCAGUUAUGAAAAAUUUAAGCUGGCACAUUGAAGUUAUUUAGGUGAUUUCUCAUGUCUUUUACUCCUUUGUGUACAUGGGUGCACAGGUUGUCUGUUCUUACGUUUCAAAUGCCAUUUGAGCAAUAUAUCAAGAAUUUUCAAUGAAAUAUAAGUGAAAAUUAAUGACCUGUGCCAUCACAAAUUGCUUCAUGACAAUUACAUUUUUAAAUUGUUACAGAAGAAAUCCUUCUUCACUUAGAAUUCCUGCCUUUUUAACAGUAAUGUUGCUAGGGUUCAAUUAAGAAAAAAUAAGUAAAGUGAUUGUGUAACUUGCUCCCAUUUACAAGUACAACUGUCUGCACAAAUUUGGACUUAGACAAAGCAAAUCAUGAGUUUCUUUUCUGCAUUCAAGCAGCUGCUUAUUACACAGAGGUAGCUUUGGAAAAUGUUACAGAAUACAGUAAGAAUGAAAGCAAUGCUUUCAGAGUCACUGGUCUAAAAAACAGAGUCCAAGAGAAGUUACCAUUUGUAGCAUAAUUUAAUCCAAUACAAAGAAUUCUAGAGCGGUGAUAUUACUUUCAGUGAAAUUCUGACAGAGGUUAAAAACCUCUUCUUGGAGGUUCUUUUUCAGUAAUCUACUUGUGUGUAGAUUUGUCUACGUGGAAAUCAUCAGUUUAUACAUAGAAUGUGGAUAGUUGUGCAAAAGAGUAGUAAUGCGCACAUUUCACAGUUCUGAGCAGAUUCAGCCAAAUUUGACCCAUCUCUUAAAAUCCCUGCCACUAAAACUUGUGCUGCAACUCAACAUUUGUCUGGAUUUUAUCCUGCUGAUUACUCCUUGUAUUUCUGCUGUCAGGAGGUUAAUUUUUGCCCUUCUGGUAUAUGUCCAUAGGUUCUGCCUGAAAAUGAGAUGUUAAGUAUUUUUCUCCUGUGUUAAUUGAAAAGAUUUAAACGUGUCUGUGAUUCCUUCUUUUUAUAAUGAAAUGUUCAGCAGCCUAAGGUAAGAAGCAAAAAACCACACAGAGCGUGUGUUCUACAAUCAAAAUUGGUCUGCCUACACAUGAUGGCACAGUGUCCAUUGUAGGCUUACCCGUAAUUUUAAGCAUCCUAGAAAUAUUUAAAUAUAAUAAACACCAUAGCACUAAGAGGAAAUGGAGCUAGGCAUGCCACAUAAUUCUUCUUUGGAUGCAAAUAUGUGACCUGCAGCUCAUAAAAUGCUGCUUCUUAAGAUAUUGGUGCCCCUGCUGCCCUUAACUGAACUUCAGUUGUUCAUUGCCAUUACAUUUUUGUUGCAGAGUAGGGUAGCCUAAUUUAUGUUCCCUAGCAGUUUGCUAAACACAUGCAAGCCCAUUUCAAGGUCAGUCAUGUCAUCUGUGUCUUGAUGCCGGUCUUUGUUAAAAAAUUAGAGCAAGGAAAGAUCCACUCUUGGAGUUUUAUAAGGCUGGUUGAAUUGAACUAUUCAGGAAGAAGACUGUGCAAGAGAAAUCUUUUCAGCUACUUAACCUGCAGAUGUUUGCAGCAAAUCUGUAUUGCUUCCGAACUAACUUGAAUAUUCUUCUUACAUUUUGAAAAAACGAUGUAUUUGCAUCAGGUAGAGAUAGUCCAUUCCUCAAAUGGAAAACCAGAUGUAUUCUUCUCUCUAUUUAAUUGGCUUCUCUCUAUUUAAUCAGAUCUUUCGGUCUGAUUUACAGCCCAGUAAAGUUAAUGCAAAUAUGGAUUCCAGUCAUGGUUCAAUUAUUAGAUCAGGCCUUAUUCUGAGGUCUGUUCCUCUCCCACUGAUGUCAAAUGGGGUGUUGCCAGUGACUUCAAAGGAACAAGGAGGAGGCCUACCGUAUCACAAUAGAAACAUCUAUAUAGGUAAAUAAAAUCAAUAGUUCUAACUUUAAGGAAUGAGCUAGUAAGUCUAGAUGUCAUUUUUCCAACUAUUGUAGCCCACUGAACCUAUAAAUAAUUUUUAUAUCUAUAUAGCUAUACAUUAUAUAUAUAUGUAUGUACAUACAUACUACGAUACAAUAACUUAACACUGGGUAACUUCUCAUGAUAGAUUUGCAUUAAUAAUACGGGUCUAUUUUUAUGUACAUAGAAUAUUGUAGAGUAUCUUCCAGUCUUUUUCAGGAUUGUUAAAUUGAGAAGAGCAAUUGAAUAUUUGUCCUAUUUUUAUGUUAAAAAGUGAAUGGACUGAAAUGUUAAAUGUGAAUGUAAAUUUCUUAUUGCAACUUUUAUACUGAGUGUUUGCACUAUUGUAAUUUCUGGAAUCUAAUUAAAAAUAAAGGAAAAAAAAUUUGCUUGAAUAAACAGCUCUUUGGGAUUGUU